AUGGUGUUAUAUAUGGAAUUCCUUCCAACCAAAAGACGCGGCCAGGCAACAAUAUCACUUGGUAUAUUCUGGGGCGUCGGUUCACUUCUUGUAGUGUUAAUCUCCAUGACAGUGAUGGAAACUACAAACUCGUGGCGAAUUGUCUUACUUGUUGCUGUCAUUCCUGUUGCCAUCUUCCUCGUCUUAUCGAAGGGAUAUCCAGAAAGUGCACGUCACAUGCUUGUCAGUGGUAAGGUCAAAGAAGCUGAAAAAGUCCUGUCAAACAUGGCAGCAACAAACAAGAAGUCUCUUCCUGCUGGUAAGCUGGUGCCGUCCCCCGUAGGUUUGGAGAAAGGUUCCGUCAUUAAUCUUAUUAAAGACCAAAAGCAACUGUUUAUUAUCUUGAGUUAUGCCUGGAUUUCCUUAACGUUCACCUACUACGGUAUAACACUACUGUCUCCAGAAGUGAUUCUACAUGGAGGGUUGUCUUUUAAUGCUAGCCAACCAGAAGAAACUGAGAUGCAGAAUACGACCGUUAACACUAGUCUUUCACAUAAUUACCUACCAUGUAAACCAUUUACGAUACUUGACUAUCUAAACUUACUUUGGAUUACAGCAGCAGAAUUGCCUGGUAUAGUCCUCAGUUGGUUCCUAGUCGAAAGAUUCUUCAGAAGAAGAUUAAUGUUACUGUUUUUCUUGGUUUACGCUGCGUCCGUUUCGUUAUUAUUGGUAGACAACUUACCGACAGCGAUUUCUCUGAUCUUAUUGUUUGUGGGGAGAACUUCUGUUAUGGGCUGUUUCCAGAUUUAUGUUUUGUACACGUUAGAG